UCACUGCCGGGCGCCGGGAGGCACGUUGGCCGGGCUUUGGGCGGGCUUCUCUGGGAGCAAAGAUGUCUAUGGCUAGUGAUUUCUACCUGCGCUACUAUGUAGGGCACAAGGGCAAGUUUGGACACGAGUUUCUGGAGUUCGAGUUUCGGCCGGACGGAAAGCUUAGAUAUGCCAAUAAUAGUAAUUACAAAAAUGAUGUCAUGAUCAGAAAAGAGGCUUACGUGCACAAGAGUGUAAUGGAAGAACUGAAGAGGAUUAUUGAUGACAGUGAAAUUACAAAAGAAGAUGAUGCCUUGUGGCCUCCCCCUGACAGGGUUGGCCGACAGGAGCUUGAAAUUGUUAUUGGCGAUGAGCACAUUUCUUUUACAACAUCAAAAAUAGGUUCUCUUAUUGAUGUCAAUCAGUCAAAGGAUCCUGAAGGCCUUCGUGUAUUUUAUUAUUUGGUACAGGAUCUGAAAUGUUUAGUUUUCAGUCUCAUUGGAUUACACUUCAAGAUUAAACCAAUUUAAUUUUGUAUUUUUGAAGCUGUUUAUAUAUUUAAUUGAGAGUGGAUAAGGGAGGGUUUGUCAUUACAAUAUUGUGAUUUUUAUCAUAUGAAAUACCUUUUUUUUGUAUGUGAAUUGAAAAUAAGAAAAUACAUAAACAGGCUCAGUAGUUAUCUUCACUUGGGUCCAAGUGGGCUGGACAAUUCCCUCACACAUUAAAUUCUGUAAAUAAAAGCCAUGUUUUGCUGAAAUUUUUCUCCAAUAAAACAUAUAAAAGCCUGAA